UUCCCACUAUACCCUUCUCCUCUCCACCCACCUCCAAAUGCAAAAGCUCACAUCCAUAGCCCAUAAGCAACUGAUUUUUUUUCUGUGUAUUUUGAAUACAAUGACGUCGUUUUUUAUUCACCGGACUUGUUAACGCGUCGACUGAAGUCGUUCCUUUCAAGCCAAACAACAUCUUCUUCUUCCCUCCAAACAUUCAAUUGCAUUUCAUUUGAUUCCAUUUUUUUGUCUUUCAAAAUUCCGACUCUUUUAAUAUCGCAUGCUCCUAAUUUUCUUGUAGUUUCGAUGUGUGCGUUUCUUAUCAUCCGUUGAUUUUAUUUAUUUAUUUUUCUGUUCUGGUAUGAAGCUCAAGUGUGAUUGUUUCCCUGCUUUUCUCGCACUUUCCUCUCUUCUAUUUUCAUGGAAUUCCUUUCAUCAAGGCUGUGAUUAGCUAUAACUUGGAAAGUUGGAAUUAAACCGGAGCUUAGACCCAUGAAUUUGAUGGAGAAGCACGAUGAUGAACGCUUUGUAUUUCCUUUAACAAGUCUCCAGAUUGGGGACUUGCAGUCUUAUCUUUCGGAUCUUAGCCUUUUCCUGGCCACUAGAAGUAACAGAUUCUACAUUUUGGUGCACAACAGGCCAUGGCUGAGGGGCUUGGGUUCAUGGCCAGCUCACUUGUGGUGGCAAUUGAUGGUUAUCAAGUCCAGGUCAUCUCCUUUGCUAACACCAAGGGCCGUAGGGAGAGAAAGGAGGGGAAGGAAGCUUCUUCCAAAUCAAAUGCUGACAAUUCAAAAAAGUUUGAGAGGUGGUUCCAUUUCAUUGAUGCUGCAACAUUGUCUAAAAAGGGGGCAUUACUACGUGAGCUGCAUCGGACUUUGUAUGGCUUCAUUGUAUUUGAAGUCACAUGGUCAGAUGUUUGAGACUGAUACAUCUCUGGCCAUAGAGGCUAAAUUCAUGCGAAGAUGGGAAUUUGAAAGCAUUGACCAUGCUGUAAAUUCUAUAUCAUCAUGGUUCUCGGGAGAACAGUUGGAUCAGGAUUAUUUAAAAGAGUACUUGAAUCCGACAAUUGAGGCCUUCUAUGAUAUUGAAGAAGAAUUUGAUGAGGAUGAUGAGGAUAGUUUGAGCACUGAAGAAUGUUUCUCCCAUGAUCAUUGUGACAAUGGUGAUUUAAGGGUUUACCCAGCAACCGUGGACUGCAAAACUUUUGAGCCGCAAACUCCAAUUGGGCCUUAUAAGAGAAGGAAAGCAAGGAAGGUAAUCAGUACUGGAGUUGAAGUUGAUGUGAAUUGUGAGGAAAUCCAAAGGCCAGAUGAAAACUCAUUAGACAAUUCUACCAAAAAUGCAGUGGAAGCUACAAAGUAUAGGGAUGUUCUUCUUUUGUUUAGAUUUGAUGAUAGAGAUCUCCCAUUUAAAUUACAGCAAAUAAUAACGCCUGAUCUGAGGCUACUUCGUUUGUUAGAGGCUGGUCUUCCAUCUUGGGUCAUCGUCCUUCAAUCGUAUCCUGGCUUUUGCCAUAUCUAUCGCCCAUGGAUGUGCCCGCUGGCCAGAGCUCUAUAUGUUUCAAUUUCAGUCAUUACUGUUCUAAUAGGGUUUUAUGAUUUAUACAAAAAUGUUCCUGUUCUUAAGGCAACUGCUGCUCGUUUAUGUGGGCCACUCUUUGAUUGGAUAGAAACCUGGGAGAUGGUAUCAAGGAUCAAGUAUUUGGGAACUAUGCUAUUUCUACAUAACUGUCAGAAGGCUGUGAGGUUGGUUUUGACAGUUACACGUGCUGCUCGAUCAUUUUUCUCAUUUCUGUGUCUACCACUGGCAGAACCAUUUAUGGACUUUUUGAGCUUCCUUUUGCCAAUUUGGAAUAUGAUCAGUGAUGUAGUGGAAAGCUUCUUUUCAGUCAUAUGGAUUGUGAUUGGUUCUUUGUACAAUCUAUUGGAGGAUCUCGUGGAGUUUGUUCUGAUGCCUAUAUGCUUUAUUGGUGUAGUUCUCCGGAACAUUGCAACUCCCAUCCUGUAUCCUACAUUUUGGUUUCUUUGGGAAAUACUAUAUGCCCCAAUACGCCUAGUCCUUGCAUUAGCCAGAUUUGUGGCUUAUAUGUGUCGGUUCAUCUCUCUUUUGGUUGGAGAUAUAUGGCAGUCUUUUUGGAGCAUAAUUCAACUUGCUUCAGCUUCUGAAUCUACAGUGAGCAAUAGUGAGGUUUCCAUGUGGCGAUCACUUUGGAAUGACAUUUUUUCUCAGGUUUUUCGUGCUCUCAGAAGUAUAUUAAAUGGUUUUGUUGCCUUCUUCACAGCCUGCAAUAGACAUCGCCUAAGCAUUUAUAAUCAUGUACGGCAUGUUGUUCAAGGACCAUUUGGUAGAGCCCCUGUACCACGAACCUCAUAUCCUAGGAGAAAUAAAUCAAUACAUGCUCUAAGCCAUCAGCCAGAAAUAAGGAGUAGAGUCUUCGGUGGGUCGUAUCCUCCUGCGUUGUCAUUUUGAGUUGAAAAUAUGAAAGAAGGUAGUCCUUUGUUCUGAUGAACAAACGUCCCAAUACAGAAAUCUAGAAACUCUCAAUAACAUGCCUAAUUGAAAGCUAACAUGAGCCAGUCCCAUAUCAAGUUCAAAAAAAAAAAAAAAAAAACUGAGAGGCGAGGAAAAGAAAAUACCACUUGUAUAGCUUAGAGAUAAUUCUAUUCUUUUUAUGCCUCUGUGUCUAGGAAGCUGUCUAUUUUCUCUAUUUCUAUUUCUCGAUGUUCAUUAACUUUAGCUUCUUUUUGUUUUAAAUCCUCUAUGUUAUCUUAACGGUCAGCUUUCUUUGUAACUAUUAUGUAUAUACAUUUUAUCUCUAUUUAUUUAUUUAUCCCAAGAAAAAG